AUGAAGUGGAAGACUUCGACAAAACAGCCAUGUCAUUCGCAUAUUGAGAUGCUCCUAUUCUUCCCUGUAGUCUUAAGUGUUGUUGCUGUGCAAUCACUUCCAGUAGUGGAUAAGUCAACGUCGAGCAACCUGCGCUUGCACGAAUCGCAUUCAGUCCAUCCGAGAAGCGAGUUCGACGACGAUGAAUUGUCAAGCAUUCUGGAGUCGCAUCCACUGCAGACUUUUGAUUUAGAUCCUCUACAGAUAUUUGAGUCAGAUCCUGAGCAGAUUUCAAGUCCUGAUCCUGUACAGAGCACAUCAGCCACGACCUUUAAAGAUGUUGUUCAAUCCAUUCCCACUCCAAGCUCGCUGUUCUCUGGGAAAGCGCUCGCUCAAGAGUUGGAUGCUUUGCCUCCGUGUCAACGUGAAUGCGCCAAGACGCUACAACAAACAAUCGCGGGUGCUCUGAAUAAUGACAACUACGUAAAUAAGUAUCAUAGUACCUGCGCAGCAUACAAAGACGCAAAGAUGUGCAUUGCCGAGCAGCGCGAAAUAUGCGGAGAGAAUAACGAAAUGUUCGACGUGGUCACUUCUGGAGUUCACUUUAUGUGCAUUGAACAAGGAAAAGCUUUCAAUGCUACCAUAAAAUGCAUCGAUCGUCAGGCACUUUCUGUUCAAGGAGUAUGCGAUAUCCAGUGUGAGACCAAAAAGUCCAUAAUGGAAGUGAUUUCUAAGACGUCAUUCACGAAUCGUUUCGUAGAAGCACUCCAAUUGCUCCGCACGGAAUCCGCACUUCAUCCCCCCGCUUUCGGCGACUCACCCAUUCCUUUUGAACCCGAUCUAUUCCAUUUUGGCCCGGAACCUCAGUCAAGUAACGGGCUAGGGUUGUCUAAUGAUUUAAGUAUAUUCCAGCCAGAUAUGCGCGCAUCCCUCCGUGACUUCGAAAUCGUCAGUGCGCAUGCAUGCAGAGUGGCUGAAUGUUUCUUGUCCUGCAUUAGAAGCAAAUACGAUAUGAUGUGCGAGAAUCAUGCUGGGAUGUUAAUAUCUGAGACACUAGUUCGGCCUCUUAUGUUAACACAACGAAGGUUUUCGUUUCCGCUUAUGGCUCUUGGUAUGAUGAUGCCUGAAAGCUGCAAGUUUCUUUCGAGUGGUACUAGAUUGUUACGUCAUAGGAUAGAUCCAAGAAUCAACGAUAAUCUACUUCGUGCAUUCGGGGGAACUGAAGAGGAAGAACUAGCAGGUUUUGCAGAGGUUUCUAAAUCUCUAGACACACCUAGAGACGACAAUUCGACGGAAUUGGAAGCGUUUGGUGAGGAGGGAUCAGGUCAAGACUGCUCGCAAGGAAUAUGCCAAUCCAACGGCACACUGCUCGAAGCGUCUGGCGAACAAAUUGAAGAAUUUGGCGAAAGCAUCUUCAGGAACGUUUUGAGCACAGCUCCAUCCUACUUCGAGUUUACUGCGAAAUCGUCAGGUUCUCUUCGUUGUCGAAUUGUCGGCUAG